UGCUUUAGAAAGCUAUUAGAGAACAGAACCAUUUCUACCACAAAUAAUUCUUGAUUUGUAUGGCUCUUUGCUCAAACCGUACCGAUUGUCAAACAAGAUAUUCGGAAUUGGCUGAGAUUUAAAAAAAUGAGAAGCAUCAACUUCACACCUAGUUCCUAAUCGGUAUUACUGAUAAGAGUCUUUGGUCAGGAUUUAGAUGAAAAAAUGAUGCUUGUAUUCUUCCUGAUCGAUAGUACCGGAACAAAGCUCAAAUCAGGCCUGGUGCUGCAGCUCCAAUAGCACCAACCUUAACCCAGUCCUGCAGAUCGAGCGUGGUCAUAAUUCGACAGGCCAUACUGUACAUACAAACGGCUCCCAGGCAUUGCUGGCGAAAGGACGAGAAUCGUCCAGAUCCAAGCAGUGUGAGGACAAAAACGUGAGUAGAAACCAUGCACCUGUCAAAUGAUACUUUCUUUAAAUUCUAGGGAAAUGAUCGCUGUUCAAAUUUCUCAGUAUACGAAGAGUAAAUUCAAAUGUAUCCAAUAAAUGACAGGAAUUCCCACAUAAAGAGCUUUUAAAUUCUGUUGCAUGAUUUAUCGACUUUGACAAACAAGAUAAUGUACAAUGUCCAAACUGGCAGUUGGCUGGUUGCAUAAAAACAGACAAUGAUGAUACCAAGUUUUGCUUUGAAAACCAGUCGUGGAAUUUUCAUGUGGCCACGUGCAAAGAUCACAUCAAUGAUCUGCAGGUUAUUGUUCUACGAAAUAUUUACCAAAAGAUCGAUCAUCGUCAGGUAAAACAACGAAUCAACGAAUUGUAGCAAUGUCGAUAGAAAUUGUCAGUUUCAUCAUAGUGCUUUCAUCAAGGAAAGGGACACAAAAAGGUACCAAGACGGGAUAUUUCGUUAAGCGAUAGAAUGUAAAUUUAUCAUUCUAUGUACUUCGAAGGUUGUUUUCUUCUGGUAUUAAUCUGAUAUGGACUCUAUUGGCUAAAACUAGCAUCAAUGACUUACCAAAGUAGCCAUCUACACAACAUGCGUACAAAAUCCAAGUGGCUGAUUGCGUUUGUAUCUCUGAUGGGGUUUGCUAUUUACACUUACAGGUAUAAUUUCUUGAGUGUCAGAACUACAGCCAACACAGUACAAGUCAUGUUUGGAUCCAGAGUAACAAUUUCCUUUCACAAACCGACAAAUAUGACUAACAUCGGUCAAGGUGACCUGAAAAAUAAACCUCCUGCCCAUGUGCCCCAAGUCAAGAUUCUACUUUGGUCGCAGACAUUAAGGAAUAAGGAUGAGACGCAAAUCUUCCCCAAUUAUGGCAAAGCAAAACGUUCUUGUCCAGUAAAAUACCAUUUUGUUUAUGAUAGAAAACAGAUCAGUUCCAUCAGUGGAGUAAUUGUGGAUGUAAAAGCAGCAUCUGAUCUGCCUCCAAAGACGAGACACAUGCCGUGGAUUCUCCUGUAUGAUCAGCCUCCUCUUGUUUAUAGGAUGUUAGAAAAUAAAACAUUCAUGCAAGAAUUUAACUAUUCAAUUGGGUACAGAAUGGAUUCUGACUUUCCUAAUCCAAAAAUAUCCGAGCCAGAGGCUAUCCAGCCUUUGGAUUUCCAUCAAAAAUAUGAUUACAUUGCCGCAAUAUUUUCAAAUUGCACAAAGUUACGAACCGAUUACGUAAGAGAAUUAUCAAAAUACAGCCGAGUUAAAUCUUAUGGUAAAUGUCUGCGGAACGUCGAAAAAAACAAUAUUGCUCGCAUAGGGGAGGAAAAUUAUAUUGCAUCAAAGAAAAGACUGACAAGAUUGCACAAAUUUACGCUGAGCCUCAUGAAGUUUGAUUGUCAUGACUAUGUUGAUGACACUCUUAAUCAUGCAUGGGAGGCAGGCUCAUUGCCACUGUUUCUUGGAACAGAGAGCUUGCGAGAUAUGCUUCCUAAAUACCUUAAAAGUAGCUUCAUUCAGAUAUCACAAUUCACCAACCCACAACACCUAGCUGAGAAAAUUCAGGAGCUGAUAAAUAAUAAGGAGGACUAUAAAAGGUUCAUGUCAUGGAGAACAAAGAAUAAAAACCAGAGUGACACUAGCCCAAUGUGGAGAAUAUGGAGACCCAGUUACUCACCUGGUUGCCAAAUUGCAAUGGCUAUUACAGAAAAUAGAUCAAAAGGUAAUGUACAGGCUCAAAAAACUCUCAAACCCAUAAUAUGUAAUCAACGUGACACAAAUAAAUGGCUUGGAAAAAAUCAAAAGAUUACCAAGGUCACUGAUGAUUAAAACAAAGAGAUAUAUCAUGAAAAGUUGAGAGUUCACUGGAAAUGAAACCUUUUGGAGAUGGGCAGCCAGGAAGAAGACUGGCUAAGAGAAUAUGUCACCGCUUAUACAGAAGAUCUCAAAAAAGAAAUCAACAGUAGCAAACUUUUUGAGCAAGCAUCUGUAGUAGCCUAACAUGAGUUCACCAAGCAAGCAAGAGCAUAAAGCUAUUGUUACACUGUGUAUUAAUAACAUUAAUGAUACAGAAUACAUGUGACAUCAAACAGUUAAAAAAGACUGUAUCCUAAUGCAACAGUAUUUUGAUCAAGUAAAGAUACUCAUACAAAUACAUGAUUAUGUCUAUUAAAAGUGCUACCAAUACCAAUUAAACUACUUCAGUUUUCGGCUUUUCAGUUUUCAGCUUCAUUGCUUGAUCACUUUGGCCAACAAGAUAGUUUUGGCAGCAAUGAGGACUUACUUUGCAACUGCGACCAGAAAGUUUACCCCAUUUCACCGGCACUCUUGGGCAUUUUUCAACUGUUUUUGCUUUGUUACCUUUUUCAUUCAAGCACAGUGUAUAUUCCUUGUCAGUAUUCUUGCAGAUUUUUUUCCUGCACAAAAUAACCAGCAGAAAAAGAAUGGAGCAGAAAAACAGCAUGAUUAUACCAGAUGACAGGGCAAUGAAGAUGGGAUCUGUCCAUGGUGAGAAUGCUGCAAGAAACAUCAAAUAUAAGCUUUAAAUGAAGAACUAUUUCAAAGUUCACAUAUUAAGAAAAAUAAAGAAUGCAAACUAAAAAUGCAACAUACAUAUAAUUAGUUGAAGAAACUAUAAUUCAAAAGCGUCUUUGCAAGUCAAGCUGUCGUAAAAGCAGUAUUACA